AUGACGCUCAGUAUCUCGAUUGAUCCAGACCCCCACGGCUCGGAUCGCUCUUACUCCGACGACGAGGGCUCGUCUGGUGUCCAUGUCCCUACAUCUUCCGAGUUAGAAAGUCAUGAGUACCAGGAUUAUGAUGAGUGGGCGCAUUUGCCAUAUCCGGAUGAAUUGAAACCAUCUGAUUCAGCCUCCCGACCAAGAACUUCGCACCGCAGUCGUCCGCCCCACGGUUCACGUUCCGCUUCGGGCCGUCGCCCAGCAUCGCGACGUAUGGUUCAAGAACAUCAGUCGUUCGCCCCUCGAGGCCGAAGACAACAAUCACCAGAUUCUCCCGAUAGUGCCGAUUCCGCCGACGAGUACCCUCCCACUUUUGGUCGAAAUGAUCGGAGAGGGUGGCAACAACCUAUACCACCCGCCCCUGGAUACACUCCCAGCCAGUCCUCUGGUGCACCUUACACUCCCUACCCUCCGCCUCCCCCGGGCCAUGGCCCGUAUGCCCACAAUCCUCCCCCGAUUACAUCAGAACUCAUGAGAAUUCCUCAUGGCCAACCCCACCCCUACAGUGCUCCUCCGCCCUAUGGAUACCCACCUCAAUUUCAACCUGGGUCUCAUUUUCUUCCCGAUCAACCCCAACUUCAUCCGCGACAUGCGCCUCGCCAGCCGCCUCAGCUACACAAUCCAAUGCAGCCGAUGCCGCCAAUGCCGCACGCGAUGGGUCCUCACGGGGCCCACUCCCCUUACCCUGGAUAUUCUCACGAGUUGAUGGCCUACGGUCCGACAGGUUUCUAUCGCGAUCAACCCAGCUAUUUCGGGGGACCGAUCCCGGGCAUGAUGCCUCCUCAUUAUUGGCCAUCCUAUCCCCCAGUGCCUUCUCCUCCAGUGCAACCCGAACCUAAAUCUCCCCCACCCCCGACGCCUGCUCCCGAACCUGCUCCGGCUCCGGCUCCGGCCCCUGAACCUGCUCCCCCUCCACCGCCACCUCCACCUCCACCAGCCGACACUGCCAAGGAUGAGCAAAUUGCGAGGCUAGAGAAGUUGAUUUUGGAUGACCGACUAGACCGCGAAGCGAAAGAGCUUGCCAAAAAGCAGGCUAUUGAACGCGCGGCCGCCGAGAAAGCAGCUCAGGAGGCGCAGACUGCACAUGAUAGGAAGAUUACCCAGGAAGCUGCGGCACUUGCUCGAGCGGAUGCCGAAAAAAAGGCAGCAGAGGAUGCCGCAAAGGCUAAGGAGGCGGCGGAGAAAGCCACUGCCGCAGCCGCUGCUGAGGCGGCAGCAGCAGCAACGGCCGCGGCUAAUGAAGCAGCUGCUAAAGCGGCCGCUGAGGCGGCUGAGGCGGCUGCUAAAGCUGCCGAACCGCCGCCACCACCGCCACCCCCAGAGAAGAAGCAGCCUAUCAAAUUCAAGGACGCUGUUGGGAGAAAAUUCAGUUUUCCAUUUGAACUAUGUGCUACCUGGCAGGGAAUGGAAGAGCUCAUCCGACAGGCUUUCCUCCAUAUUGAAGUCAUUGGACCUCACGUGGCCGAGGGCCAUUAUGAUCUUAUUGGUCCGAAUGGCGACAUUAUCCUCCCGCAGGUUUGGGAAACUGUGGUCGAGCCUGACUGGGCUAUCACUAUGCACAUGUGGCCAAUUCCCGAAAAGCCCAAAGAAGACCCUCCCCCUGCGCCAGAGCCUACCCCGGCAAAACCUGCCGAUCCACCUGCCGAGCCAAAGAAGAAAGCAGAUGGCUCUAAAAAGGCUAAGGCCAGAGGACCAGAUGUCCCCGGGAGUUUCGCAAUGUGGAUGUUAGGUGGCACCAAUCGCCGGGGGGGCAAAGGGGGUCCUAAAGUAGAAAAAAAGCCUGAUGCCCCUCCCCCAGCACCCGCACCGUGA